UGCUGUUGCGCAGAGCCGGAGUGGAGCUGUGUAGUUUAGGCCCCCCUCCCUCUCCCUCUCUUUCUUUACCAGUCAGUCCCGGUGCUUUGUUCGCUCUAUUAAAAGGCGAGGUUUGCAGAAAUAAGCAAGAGCAAUGUUCUUGCAAUCAGUGCAACCUUAAAGAAGCGGAGAAUGAAUCCCAGUGGAGGUUUCGCAAUGGCAGAUCACAACAAGAUGUGUUUAAGGAAGAUUAUAACUACACUGGCUGUGAAAAAUGAAGAGGUCCAGAACUUUGUCUACCUGCUACAGCAAACCCUGAAGAAUGUUGAGGAUAAUUCUGAGCGAGCUCUCGGAGACCUGGAAGUGGAGUAUAGCUCGCUGUAUAAUAUCCUUGAUGAGUUGAAGGAAAACAUGGUGACAAAGAUCAAACAGGAACGAGCCAGCAAGACAUAUGAACUGCAGAACCAACUGACGGUAUGUACCAAGGCUUUGGAGAGUUCAGAGGAGCUUCUGGAGUUUGCAAACCAGACAUUGGACCACACGGACCCUGAUGGAUUGAACCAGGCUGCCAAACAGAUUAAAGAUAGUGUUACCAUGGCACCAGCUUUCAGGUUGUCGUUGAAGGCCAAGGCCAGUGACAACAUGAGUCAUCUCAUGGUUGACUUCUCUCAAGAACAAAAAAUCCUUCGUUCAUUGAAGUUUCUGCCAGUACCCAGUAUUCCAGAAAUCGAUACACCCGAGUGUCUGGUGGCAGACAACUGUGUGACCGUGGUCUGGAGAAUCCCUGAAGAGGAUUCAAAGAUCGAUCACUACAUACUGGAAUAUCGCAAAACCAACCAUGAAGGGGCCCCACGGCUGAAAGAAGAACACCCUUGGAUGGUGCGAGAAGGCAUUAAGGAGAUGGAGUUCACAUUGUCAGGCUUGAGAUUUGACACACAAUUCAUCAACUUUCGGGUGAAAGCUUGCAACAAGGCAGUGGCAGGAGAGUUCUCAGAGACCGUCACACUGGAAACAAAUGCGUUUAAUUUCAGUUUAGAUGCCUCGACUGCUCAUCAAAACUUGAAAGUGGAAGACCUCAAAGUGGAAUGGGACGCGUCGGGGGGAAAGGUGCAAGAGAUCAAAGUUAGAGGAAAGGAAAACCGAAGUCGGACGGCCUCACCUGCCCAUUCCCCUGCAAGAAGCAUCAUUCAGUCACCAAAGCGAAUGCCAUCCGCAAGGAGCAGUAGGGAUCGAUUCACUGCAGAGUCGUACACUGUUCUGGGGGAUACUCUGAUUGAUGGUGGACAGCAUUACUGGGAGGUUGUUUUUGAAAAGGACAGCAAGGCGUUCCUUGUGGGUGUAGCCUACAGGACCUUGGGCAAAUUUGAUCAAUUGGGAAAGACGAAUGCUUCCUGGUGCCUUCACCUCAAUAACUGGCUGCAAGUCAGCUUCACCGCCAAGCACAACAACAAGGCCAAAGUCCUGGACAUCUCAGUACCAGACAGAGUCGGAGUUUAUUGCAACUACAGCGAAGGUCAUCUGGCAUUCUACAAUGCCAAAACGAAGCAGCUGAUUCAUUCCUUUAGGACGAAGUUCACACAGCCUGUCCUUCCUGCCUUCAUGGUGUGGUGCGGUAGCUUUAUUGUGCAAACAGGACUUCAGGUACCAAAUGCUGUGAAAUCGCUGCAGAAACGUAACAGUGGCACUAGUAGCUCCAAUGCUAGCCUAACCUAGAGAUCAUCACCGAGCUUCCAUUUAACUGCACCAUAUCAUGCAAAUCCAAGGCUGUGCCUCGAAACUUGCCUUGAAGAAAACCGAAGACUCAAUUUGGAUUCUGCAAACCAAGGCGUGAAAGUUGGCCUUCUAAAAUUUGACGUUAUUGAGUCUGGCACUGCCUUCAGAAAUGGAAUAUUGUGAUUGGUCUUUCAUUUCUGAUGAGAACAAUUACUAGAAAAUUGAUUGUAAGCUGUAAAUUUUGAAAUGGUUUUAAAACUGGACAAACUCGUAGCAGUCAACCAUUGGUCAGGCUAUUGGGAUAGUAUGUGAUCUUCCUCGAAAGGUAACUUGGCAUUUUAAUAUAUUUUGACCUUGGGAAGCAUCCUAUUGUAAAACAGGGGGUCCCAUUACCAAGUUUCUCUGCAUUCAAUGGAGAGGAGAAAAUCUCCAGAGCUGGGAUCUAAAUACAAUUAUUGUAGCUAAUUCUGUACUUGUGCCUUCUGUUCAUUUAAAGUCAAGGUACUGGGAAUGGCCACCUGGAAAUUGGAUUAUAGAACUGAGACAGUGAAAAGUAAUGGGCGUCACGGUAAAAUUCCUCAAUAGAGCAGAUCAAAAGCAUUUCCCACCUCCCCCGACUGGAUAUUACCUACAGUGAAUUGUGCAUCAAAUAAUGACUGCACUGCUGAGCCUGAGUAGCCAUGAUCACGAAGGAAAUUCUGAACCCACUUAACUACUUUUUGCCGAUUUUGCUUUUCAUAUACCGUUGCUCCGUAGAUGGGAAAACAAGAUAGUUUAGCCUUGCAUUUCCUUUUGGCCUUUAUUACAAUAACAAGCCAAAUUAAACCUCUGCAUUCACUUUGACUUUAUAAAAUGGAAGCUUCACAGUAAAUAGUCGAUUUGCAAACAACUUCCAAAAUUGUCCAAUGGUAAUUAAUACUCGCCUUGACUGAGAACAAUGAGGCAAGCGGAGGAUUCCUCUGCCCCCUUCAUAUCCCCCUCUCCUGAGCAAGAUAACGAAUGCUUCAUCCUUUGAAGCUUUAAGCCCUUCUGCUGCUGGCUGCUUUUUACCACUGAAACAAAAUGUAUUCUAUUCUGUGAAACGGUUGUUUUGAGGAGAAAGCUGAACCAGUGACUGGAGCAAGGGGCUAUUUCCAGGUUGUGGUUUGUGCACGUACACAUCGCAGACUGGGAAACUCUCUCAAGAUCACUUAUACUGGAGGAACGCAUUCCUGCCGCCCCCCUCCCCCAUAAUGGCUGGGAACCGUGCAAAAUGCUACAGUCUUUUGGAAUCUGUCUUUUCAGACCAUUAAUGAACAAAACAGUUUCUGUGGACAUGGAGAUUUAUUCUGGCGAUGUAUAAACCCAAUUCAGGUUUUCAUACAGAUGUGUUUUUUUAAAUGAAUCACUUGGUGAACGAUGUGGUGAUUUGAACUCUUGGCAUAGGUCACCUGUGCAUCUGGGUACCAGAUCUCCGCAGAUGAGGCCAAGUUAAAAAGGAAGUUAAUUUGUUGGUAUUUUUCAAUGGCAUUUUAAUGCGCUCUCUGCAUUUUACUACCUCUUUUGUUGGAACAGGUAUUUGUGACGCACUUGCUCUGUGUAAUAAAGCUGUGUUUGGCCUAACUUUUCUGUGCUUGUAUUGAUGUGAGUUUUCCCGUUAUGCUUUAGCUGGGUUAACACGUGUCACAGAGGGGCUAACUUGAAUGUGGAACAUGUCGAGAGACGCUGAAGGCCCCUCUAACGAACAGUAGUAAAUGCAGAGGGUAAUUGAGAGAUGCUAAUUGUUGGAGAACUUCAUUUUUGAGGCUUGUACUGACAGUGAAAGUAAUGUGCAGGAUUAAAUUUAAGUGUUUCAAAAAUCUUUUAGAGAGAAAUGGAAACCAGGCGCAGAGUCAUCAGUAUUUAUUUUUACUUGUAAAAAUUUCAGUUUGGAUUUCUGUGUAUUAUGUUGGCUUCAACAUCUGAUUGUAGAAUGUAUAUAAAAGUCAGCAUUUCGCGAGUUAAAUGUUUACUGUUAAAAAUUAAUUGCACCAGGUUUUUUUUUUUUGCAUCUUGUGUUUGUGCAAGGCCAAGAACAUAAUAAAGAUAUGAUAGUUCACAGUG